CCUGGGCGUCGGCAGUUAGUUCACUGCGUAGGAAACAAACAGCAAACACCAGCUCACCCUGUCAGCACUGAGGGCUCUUACGUAAAAAAACGAAAUAUAAAGCAAAAAAAAAACAAAAAAUGCUUUCAGUCACGAUAGACAGCAGCGGUUCCCCAAAGAAACGCUCGUUUUCUCGGGGAAUAAGCGAGGACGAGUCCCUCCGCAGCAUUAUAAAAGAGACUGAGAACUCAUCCAGACGGCUGACAAGAAGUGACAGCCGAGCAGGAACCCUGAAGAGGAGAAGUGACAGCCAGCAGUCUGAACAGGACCUUUUCAUGGGACUUCCAGACAUGCUGGAGCUGCAGGCCAGCUAUGAUGAGGCAGUGCAGGAGUUGCGUGGGCUGGAGGUCGAGCGAGAGGCUCUGUUGUUCCAGGUGGACGUUCUGCAGGACACACUGGAGGGUGUAGAGGAGCUGCUCGCUGAGGCCCAGAGGGAAGCUGGACAGGCUAAUUCGGAGUUGGAACGAGAGAGGGAGGCCAAGCGGAAACUGGAGAGCAUGGUCUGCUCUCUGAUGAAAGAGGUGGAGAGGUUAAAAGAGGGGAGUAAUGGCAUUCCCUCUGUUCCGGUAGACAAACUUUCUGGAGAGCACACAGGACACCAAAUGAGAAAUGACACGAAGGAAAUGAGUCAAGUCGCACACACAGACAAAAGUGACUCAUCAAGCAGUGAAAGCAGGAAAACAGGGCUUCCAGCAGCUGGAGAGGCGGGACAGGGUGAAGAGGCAGAAGAUGAAGGAAACAUCCUGACGAAGCUGCGACGGAUGGUCAAUAUGUCCCCGGUCCACACGCCCUCUCUUGCACUGGGCAACCCAGUCUCUACAGACGGGGUCCUUCAGAGGCCUUAUGAAAACAGCAUCAACGAGGGACGAGAUCCGUCUCCGGACAGGAACGACUCCGACAGCCUAAGUGCCUACGAGGAUGCGUCGGCCGAGACUCCAGAACAGGAUAGGAUGUUUCCGGGCGACGCAGACAUGGAGCUGCCUCAUGAUUCAGUGAAUAAAGAGGGAACGACCAAUAACAGCGAGCCUCAAGAUGCCAAAAAUCCUGAUGCUUGCAUUGUGUCUUAAAUCUAUGUUUAUCUACAACUUAGACAAAAAUCUGACAUAAUUAUUGAUCAUUUAUGGGAUUUUAGAGCUCUAUGAUUUGUGGUUUACUCAUAUGUGAUUUAUCUUUUUAUCAGGCUGCUGUAAUUCGCUGUAGUAGAAUGAUGAGCAGUUGACAUCCAUACAUUUUAUUUUGAUUUAACAGCAAAAGGAACUCAGGAUUGAGCUGGUUUACUAGCUGCACUUCCAUUAAUGACUACUUGAUCUUAUUUGCCAAUCUUUUCAUUUUAUCAGUCAAAUUUCUUGUUUAAUACAUGAAUAGACACAGAAGAUCCUCCAUGGUACUUCAGACGUUUACCUUUGCGGUAAUCCAAAAUCAAGUUUAUUUAUAUUCUAACAGCUGCCAAAACAAAACAGAUUUCACCUGUAUCCAAAACAGACUAAGCUCUCAAAGUAUGUGAGCGGGUUCUGUUGUGGCCAUUAAUGUACGUUAGAAACCGGAAUUUAGAGCGACAAUCUGAACGUUGCAGACGCUUGUAGCUAUUUCAGAUAUAUUAUGAAAUCAUAGUGUUAAAGAUGUUUUCCUGUCAGUUUUAGACUUUGCUGUAGAAGGUGUUUUCAUGUAUGGCUCUGAUGUUUAUACUCUGAAACCUGAGAUUAACUUGAGGUAAAGAUCUGUUCCUAUUGUGGAUCAAGGGGAAAAUUACAAUUGUUUUACUGCCUCGCCAAACGUUUUAUCUUUAUUUGUCGUUUGUUUCUUGUUUUAUCCUAGAAAUCUGGGGGAAUUAAUUUGGCUGCAUUUGCACUUUUUGAUAUUGUUAUAUUGUGGCAGAAACGUGUCUAAUUACAGUAGACAGUACAUUCCCUUUACAACCUAACAUAUCGGGGCGAAAUAAGCCGCUGCUGGUUUCUCUCCGUCUGCAUGGUAAUGCUGCAUAUUUGCACAUUUACAGUGACACUUAAAGCUAAACUUAAACUCUUUUCAUGUCUUUUGAUUGCUAUACACACUUUGUAUUUAAUCAAAAUGGAUUGCAGUUUUCUAAGUUUAUUUUUUACAAGGUAACAUUUACUUUUUUAUGCUUUUCACCUUGUUUGUAAUAGUUUGCAUGAGCACCUAAGAGGAAUGUACAUUGAUUUCCAAGCAGCUCAUAAAGUGAUGUGUCAUUUACCAGUACUUUUGCACGCAGUACUUUUACAAAUAGUAUAUUCAGUAAUGACUUGAUCUAUCUUAACUACUGCAAGAAAGGGAUUUUAUUUUGUUGGUGAAUCAUUUAUCAUUUUGAAGGGAUUU